AUGUCAAAGUUGGCCAUGAAGGAGCUGGAAUGCUUCCGUCUCGAAUAUCAAUGGGGGUGCUGCUUUAGGCAUUUUGCACCAACUCCCAUUAAAGCGCAGCCGCCUAACGCAGUGCUCGGUCAUGAGUUCACGGGGACGGCGGGCGUGCAAGGGAAGAAGCUGCAGGACACUUCUUUUCUGCCUUUCCGCAAUAUCGCUCCCGUAGCUCCAGUGACCAAAACGCCAACGAGCCAACCGGACAAUCAGGGUUUGUACGGGCUGAUGAAUGAUCAGCAAUUCCUACUACUGAAGUAUGAACGCACCCUUAGGAUCGGAGGAGCAAGUGCCAGUGAUGCAUUGGGGACUGGCAGUCGCUCUCCCUUUACGACAGUUCCCUAUCUAAACCAGGAGAGCAACACUGGAGUCCGAAGCUGCUCCUCGAAGGAUGCCGGGUGA